GGGAGACGCUACGGAGAUUGACAAACACCGGAACAAUGGAGCUGAAACAUGAAGAAGUUUAGCGUCCGCAGUGUUAUCUUCAUUUUAACCGUGUGUUUGGUAGUUUACACAGUGAAGACUUUAAAUGACAGGAUGUGUGAGCAGACUCUGGACUAUUUAGUGUCAUUGGGUGAGAUAGAGAAGAGAGACGCUGCUCAGGUGAGAUGGGCUCAUGCUGUAAACAGCAGGAGCAGCCUGAAGGAGGCGCUAACAGGUCCCACUCAUAUGCUAGAAGCUGACAUAAUUAUGAGAGGCCAUGACCCCAAAGAGCCAAUCAUGGCACAUCCUCCUGAGACAGACAGUGACAUCACACUGAAGGAGUGGCUGGAAGGAGUUAAGGUGCACAACAAGGGAAUAAAACUAGACUUCAAGAGUCUGGAGGCGGUGCCCCCCUCUGUGGCUCUGCUGCAGGAGGUGCUGGCUGAACACAGCUGUCCUGUAUGGAUCAAUGCAGAUGUGCUCCCUGGUCCUGGAGGACAGGCCACACCUCUGGAGCCUCAGGCCUUCCUGGCUGCUGUGGGGAAUCUUCCAUGUGACACUGUGCUGUCUCUGGGCUGGACAACAGGGUGGACUGCUGGUACAGAUAACCCAGGCUACAGCUGGAGUAUGGUGCAUGAGAUGGAGGAGAUCUGUAGAACACUGAAAUACCCUGUCACCUUCCCAGUGCGUGCAGCUCUCCUCAACCAGUCCCACUCCCAGCUCACAUGGCUGCUGCAGCAGUCAGACAGGUACACUCUCACUGUGUGGACUGGCCAGCAGGAUGAGUUGACACUACAGGAGUUACUGCCCUACAGAAAAGAGCUGGACAUCAGCAGGAUCUAUUACGACCUGCCUGACUUCAUAAGGACAGAGCUCACUAAGAACUGAACUCCACUAUUAUUAUUCAGGCUGGAAAUGGCAAACUUCCACAGCAGACUGGAGGUGCAACAGGUCACAACAUUUCCAGUUUAGUUUGAUAUGAUGUAGUGGUGCAUGGUCAGGCUGAUCUACUACACUCUUACUUAUCUACUCACUCUCAGGUCAGAUAUGCUACACUUGCUGUCUUUCAGGGUCUCAGCGGAUCCUUAAAAAGUCUUCAAUUUAGUUUUUUAUAUUAAAGGUCUAAAAUAUGUUGAAUUGUAAUUGUUAAGGUGGACCAGCAAUUCUUAUUGUAGUGACAAUCUCAUCGUAAAUUAGUUUUUGUUUUCUUUUUUAAGACAAACAGAAAUAAAUCUAAGUGUAUAUGAAUUCUUUAACUUUUUUUUACGAGCAUCACACUCAUCCCAAUAUGUAAAACUCUUCACUCCCACUAUCAGACUGAUGCUGCAGAGGUGUAAAUGUAUGUACGCUGCAGCUACCAUGUAAAUGAUUAAGGUGGAACUAAGGGUCCUGGCAUCACUCAGAUAGGUAAGUAUUUGAACCAAUAUUACCAUGUUAACUUAAAUUGUGGCAUAAAAUGGUCUUAAAAUGACAAUAAUAUCAUUUAUCACAAUUGAAGUAGUUAUCAUGACAGGUCUCUGCAUCCUUACGGUCUGCUGAUUCUGUGGAUUCCUUUAAUAGCAGCUAAAUAUACAUCUGUGUGCCUGUAUGCAACGUAUGAGUGUCAGUGUUUUUUUUCAUUGUUUUAGAUUUGAACUUCUCAAUCUUGUAUAUCUUCAUCUACUGUGUGUUAGUUAUUUUUCUAUGUGUGCUAUGCCUUGUAAAGCACUUAGUGACUUAUCUCUAUGAGAAGCACUAUACAAAUCAAAUUGACUUACCUACCUACUUUAUUCAUCCAUCAUACAGGGCCCAAUGACCGAGUGAAUAAAUGCUCCUUAUAUUUUUUUUAAUAUGCCACUACUGAUUCUGUCUUUUCAUACUGUCCUGCUGAAUAAUAUAACACAUCUACUGCUUUUUGUGCAGACAGAAUUGAAAUAGGUUAAAUAAGCCACUUAAUGAUUUCUAGAUGUAGA